UUCCGAUAGGUCUCAUGCAGAAGUGCUGAUCUUUGCAGUGCAAUCUUGGACAAUUUCAAGGCCCGCGACUUACUCAGCGAUGCAUUUACAGGAGUGGCUGCAGUUACUGUGCUCCCACACAGGACUUAAAGGCUCUGAGUCUGAGGACCUGUGGAGUCUUCUGCCAUCCCUGCCAUCCUUCUCCCUCUCUACCUCCUCUUUGCUGGGUUUAGGGGCCCUGGCUUCUCUCACUGCAUACUGGCUGGUGACCCGUCCUCGACCCAUGCAUCCUCCCUGUGACCUGCAGGCCCAGUCUGUUGCCAUCAAUGGAGAUCCCAACUGCAGGAGAUCUGCUCUUCUGAAAGAUGAAAAUCUGCUGGAGUUUUACUAUGAUGACAUUAGGACGGCUUACGACAUGUUCCAGAGGGGCGUUAAGAUCACAGGAAAUGGCCCGUGUCUUGGCUUCAGGAAGCCAGGCCAACCCUACGAGUGGAUCUCUUACACUGAGGUGGCUCAGAAGGCACAGUGGCUUGGCUGUGGCCUGAUCGCGAAGGGCUGUCAACUGAAUACGCAACAAUUUAUUGGGAUAUUCGCACAAAACAGGCCUGAGUGGAUCAUUACAGAGGUGGCCUGCUAUACUUACUCCAUGGUGCUGGUGCCUCUGUAUGACACACUUGGGAUGGAGGCAAUGGUCCAUAUUACCAACCUUGCCGAGAUGACAGUGGUGAUUUGUGACCGGGAGGAGAGGGCGACAUCUUUGCUGGAGAACAAGGAGAAAGGCUUGACUCCAAAGAUCUCCUGUCUGGUUCUCUUUACCGACUUCAGCCAAGCCUUUGCAGAGAGGGCGGGGAAGUGCGAGGUGGAGGUUUUGAAACUGGAACAGAUCUUGGACCUGGGAAGGCAGAACCUCAAAGAUCCUGUGCCGCCCCAGCCACAGGAUCUGGCAGUGGUUUGUUUCACCAGUGGAACCACAGGAAAGCCCAAAGGAGCCAUGAUCACCCACGGCAACAUCGCCUCCAAUGCUUCCUCUGUCAUUAAGAUCCUGGAGGGUUCAUUUACAUUCCAACAAGGGGAUGUGUCGAUCUCUUACCUGCCGCUUGCCCACAUGUUUGAGAGGAUGAUUCAGCUGUCACUGUUCACCUUUGGAGCCAGAGUUGGAUUCUACCAAGGGGACAUUACUCUUCUUAUGGAUGACAUGAAGACUCUUAAACCCACCUUCUUCCCUGUUGUGCCUCGUAUUCUCAAUCGUAUCUAUGAUAAGAUCCUGGGCUCUGUGACCUCUCCAUUUGGACGGGCCUUGCUUCACUUUGCUGUAAGGAGAAAGCAGGCAGAGCUUCGCAGUGGGAUUAUGCGGAACAACAGUCUGUGGGACAAACUGGUGUUCAACAAGAUUCAGGCCAGUUUAGGGGGCAACCUGAGGUUUGCCUUGACUGCAUCAGCACCCAUCUCCUCCACAGUGCUGUCCUUCCUCAGAGCCACUUUGGGCUGUUUAAUAUUUGAAGGUUAUGGACAGACGGAGUGCACUGGAGGCUGCACUUUCUCUUUGCCGGGUGAUGCCAGCACAGGUCAUGUUGGUGCUCCUUUACCCUGUGCUAUGGUGAGGCUGGAAGACAUACCAGAUAUGAACUACUUUGCUAAGAACAGACAGGGAGAGAUUUGUGUCCGUGGGCCCAGUGUGUUCAAAGGCUAUUUGAAAGACCCAGAGAAGACAGCUGAGGCCUUGGACAGCGAUGGCUGGCUGCACACUGGGGAUGUGGGCCAAUGGCUUCCAAAUGGCACACUGCGCAUCAUCGACAGAAAGAAGAACAUCUUCAAGUUGUCCCAGGGAGAGUACAUCGCUCCAGAGAAGAUAGAAAAUAUCUAUGUGCGUUCUGUUCCUGUGUUCCAGGUGUUUGUGCAUGGAGACAGUUUACAGUCUUAUCUCAUAGGGAUAGUUGUGCCUGACCGAGAAGUGUUUGUUGACUGGGCUAAAGAACAAGGUUUUGUUGGGUCCUACCAGGAGCUGUGCCAAAAUCCUGAUGUAAAGAAUGCAGUGUUAGAAGACAUGAGAGCUGUGGGGAAAGAAGCAGGACUGAAGUCCUUUGAACAGGUAAAGGACCUAUAUUUGCACCCAGAUAUGUUCAGUGUUGCCAACGGCCUUCUCACGCCGACGCUGAAAAGCAGACGUACCGACAUCCAGAAAGUCUUUCAGCAACAGCUAUCUAGCAUGUACAACAAGACGGCAUCUUAACUUCACACUGCCCUGGAGGAUCAACACUGUCCACAGAGAAAGCAAAUUUAAACCCUAAAAUUCAUGCAGUGCCUCAUGUAGAAACCUACAGAUUUAUUACUCUGAUUUUAAGAACGUUAAACUUCUUUCCACAUUUGGCCCCAUUUUAUAAAGAUUAUGUGUUAACUCUUCAUUUGAAAAUAAUGUGAAUGGAUUCAAACCUUUUAAAUGAUAAAAUCUCACUGCUACUCCUGUCACUAAUACAGCUCUGUGGUUCGCUGGGGGAAACUAACUGUAGAAAGAAGAAUCACACAAGUUAUAGGAAACCACCUUUAGACACAUGAAAUUAGACAUUUUAUUUAAACUACACUUUCCUUAAGGAAGCUUUUUUUUUUAAAAGGGAUUCUUUAGUGUGCGUGGGAUACCGUUUCUCAUAAAAGCUGCAUUAUCUGUAUGAUUGUAUAGUUUUUUGGUCCCUCUAUCACCAUAACAUAAGGUUUUAAUUAACAUUUUUUAUUGUAGAUCAGUGGUCACACAAGUCUCAUGAUAUAAUUUUGGGUUAAACCAUCAGGAUUAAUAAUUUAAAUAUGCAAUGAUUUGUGAAAAAUAAAGGAUAAUCUGUAAAACCUUC